AUGAUCUGUUGGAUCAAGUCCAGCGGUGGCGGCGGCGGCGGCGCUUCCCCGGGCUCUGCUCGCAUCGCGGGCAAGAAGGCGCAGCUCCGCUCCGCACCCCGCGCCAAGAAGCUCGAGAAGCUGGGCGUCUAUUCCGCCUGCAAGGCUGACGAAUCCUGUAAAUGUAAUGGAUGGAAAAACCCCAACCCGCCGCCCACACCACCCAGGGCUGAUUUGCAGCAGACAAUUGUGAGCCUUACAGAGCCAUGCCGUAGCUGUAAUCAUGCAUUAGCUGCUCACGUUUCUCAUUUGGAGAAUGUCUCUGAAGAAGAAAUGAACCGGCUGUUGGGGAUUGUCCUAGAUGUGGAGUAUCUCUUCACGUGUGUUCACAAAGAAGAAGAUGCAGAUACCAAGCAGGUCUAUUUCUACUUGUUCAAACUUUUGAGGAAAUGUAUAUUACAUAUGGGGAAGCCUGUUGUAGAAGGAUCUUUGGAGAGUCCCCCCUUUGAGAAGCCUAGUAUUGAACAGGGAGUAAAUAAUUUUGUGCAAUAUAAAUUUAGUCACCUACCCUCAAAAGAAAGACAAACAAUAGUGGAGCUGGCUAAAAUGUUUCUAAAUCGCAUCAACUACUGGCAUCUGGAGACACCUUCUCAACGAAGGCAGAGGUCACCAAAUGAUGACAUUGCUGGCUAUAAAGUGAACUACACAAGGUGGCUGUGUUACUGCAAUGUCCCCCAGUUUUGUGAUAGUCUACCUCGAUAUGAAACCACACAGGUUUUUGGGAGAACACUGUUGCGUUCAGUCUUUACUGUCAUGAGGCGGCAACUCCUGGAACAUGCAAGACAGGAAAAAGACAAACUGCCUCCUGAGAAACGAACACUAAUCCUCACACAUUUCCCAAAGUUUCUGUCCAUGCUGGAGGAAGAGGUGUAUAGUCAAAGUUCUCCUAUCUGGGAUCCAGAUUUUGUAGCAUCCUCUUCUCGGAGUGCCCAGCUAGGCAUCCAGACAGUGAUUAGCCGCCCUGCUGUGGUAAGGUCUGUUUCAUAUAGUGCAAGCCCUUCAUCUCUGGAGCAACCCAGUGGAGGCAGUAUGAGUCCUGCUUGCAAGGCUGCCUCUGGCCUGGACCCAAACUUAGGGGAGAAGAGAAAGAUUAAUGAGCCUUAUUCUGUGGAGGAUGCCAAGAAGCCAAGAGUUGUAGGAGAUAUUCCUAUUGAACUGAUCAAUGAAGUAAUGUCCACCAUCACAGAUCCAGCAGCAAUGCUUGGUCCGGAGCAGACAAAUUUUCUAUCAGCACAUUCAGCCCGGGAUGAAGCAGCAAGAUUGGAAGAGCGCAGGGGAGUGAUAGAGUUUCAUGUAGUUGGAAAUUCCCUAAAUCAAAAGCCAAACAAGAAAAUUAUGAUGUGGCUGGUUGGCUUACAGAAUGUUUUCUCACAUCAGCUGCCCAGAAUGCCCAAAGAAUAUAUUACUCGUCUGGUCUUUGAUCCGAAACACAAGACUCUAGCAUUAAUAAAAGACGGACGUGUGAUUGGAGGUAUUUGUUUUCGGAUGUUUCCAUCUCAAGGAUUUACAGAAAUUGUUUUCUGUGCCGUGACUUCUAAUGAACAAGUCAAGGGAUAUGGAACUCACCUAAUGAAUCACCUGAAAGAAUAUCAUAUUAAGCACAAUAUUCUCAACUUUCUUACAUAUGCGGAUGAAUAUGCAAUUGGCUACUUCAAGAAGCAAGGUUUUUCUAAAGAUAUUAAAGUACCAAAGGCAAAAUACGUUGGCUAUAUCAAAGACUAUGAAGGAGCAACUUUAAUGGGCUGUGAAUUAAAUCCCAGGAUUCCUUACACUGAAUUUUCAGUCAUCAUUAAGAAACAGAAAGAGAUAAUUAAAAAGUUGAUUGAAAGGAAGCAGGCUCAAAUCCGGAAGGUAUACCCUGGUCUUUCUUGCUUCAAAGACGGAGUACGACAAAUUCCAAUAGAAAGUAUUCCUGGAAUUAGAGAGACUGGCUGGAAACCCAACAACAAAGAGAAAAGUAAAGAACCCAAAGAUCCAGAUCAACUUUACAGCACCCUAAAAAACAUUCUCCAGCAGGUCAAGAGCCAUCAAAGUGCUUGGCCUUUCAUGGAACCAGUGAAGAGGACAGAAGCUCCUGGAUAUUACGAAGUUAUAAGGUUCCCCAUGGACCUGAAAACCAUGAGUGAACGGCUUAAGAACAGGUACUACGUGUCUAAGAAGUUAUUUAUGGCAGACUUGCAGCGAGUCUUCACUAACUGCAGAGAGUACAACCCACCUGAAAGCGAAUACUAUAAAUGUGCCAAUAUUCUGGAAAAGUUCUUUUACACAAAAAUUAAAGAAGCUGGAUUAAUUGACAAGUAAUUAUAGUCCUUCUCCCAAGAAAUCAGGAUGCCUAAUUUAAGAGUAGAAUAUGCAGCUGAUCUUUCAGUAGAACGGGAUUUUGUGUUUAAAGGUAUUUGUUUUAUUAACUAGCACUUUUACAAGAUGUAAUAUAGAAGAGUUUAUUUUAUUAAAGUCUUUUUUAAAUGUACACUUGCAUGCCCUUUUGCAGUGUAUUCAAAAUUUUAUUAGAUGUAUUGCACAGACUGUUUGGAGAAUUGGAAAAGGGAAAUUUUCCAAGCAGUGAAUGUUUAAAAUUAAUUUAAUGCAGUAUCAAAUUGAAGGAGAAAAAGCUUUUUAUUUUUUACAACAAAGAUACUGACGAAGGGGAAAAUGAAUUUUAUAUAUAUUUUAAUGAAACACUCAGAGAAGGUGCUAUGAGAGUGAAAAAUAACUGCUUUAAGAAUGAAACUCCCUAGACAGGUGCAAACUUCUGUGAAUUUGGUUAUCAAUAUUUGCUUUCACAAAGAAAAUCUGACAGAAUAUGUAGCACCACACUGACUAUAGCUAUUGAAGCCAUGUUCCUAAAAGGGCUUCAAAAUCUUUUCUGUACUAUCGCAAUCUAGCAAUUUUUCUGCCACCUUAGGUUUUAUGCACUUUAUUGCAUAAAAAAUCCAUCCCAUUCUCUGGUGUACUAGUGUUUCCUUGCUUUUAAACAUGGGUGAAAACAACUUCUAUCCCAUCAUGGAUAGGUUAUCAUUAGGUAGUACAAGUGACUUGAUUCAUACAUUGAAUAGUGCAUACAGGUUCACAUAUCCAACAGGUGAUUUUCAGUAUGUCAGCAUAAUGGUGGUUGAAUAUUCCCAUCAAUCUUAAUAUAAAAGGGAAUGUGAUGCGGCCACUCAAUUAUGACAGAUGCUGCUGUAUUUCACUCAGAUGGCCAUUUGCCCAAAGUAGGUUGGAUCCAUGUUUAAUGGUGCUUAGACUAGAUUCUCCAAAAUCAAAAAGAACUCAUGACUAAUGUUGAGUCUCACUGAUUUAAGUGACUUGACUAUCAGCCUGACUACAUCUCAUUCUCAUGCAGUGCAUGCAACUUUCUUGGGAUCGGGGCCAUUAGUGACACUUUCAAAAGUUUACUGGAAUUCCAUAAAAACAGUUCUAAACAUAUUCCUGUUAACAGCUGGUUAUUUCUAAUGUACAUUAUGUUAAACUAGAUUUUUCAACCACAUGACAAAUGAUUUUUGAAAUACUGCUUAUCACAUCUAUAUUUAGUCACUAUUUACAUUAUCCAUAAAAGUUAACACUACUGUGCUUUCAAAUAAUCACUGGUCUGCGGGUGGGGUGGGGAGGAAGAAAUACUACAGUACAGUACAUUUGGCAGGGGAAGAGGCAGAAUAUAUACCACCACCUUCUUCUUCCUAACUUGUUUCUGCAAUGGCACUGGAGAAGUUGACUUUCAUAUCAUUUUCCUACAUAUUCUGAAACAUUUCACCAGUAAACUGAGGAAGAAAAGUGGCAAGUUCCAUUACGUAAAAGAGUAUCACUGCGAAACACCCACCAUUCGAAUUCUAUGAGUAGGUGACUCUUGCUAGAAAGAAAUGGUACAAGGAAUUAGUCAGAAUGGUAACAUAGAAAUGCCUUAGAGCUUUAUAUAAAAUCCAAUUUAUUUGGCUUUGUAUUUAAGAUACAACAAUGCAACUGUGUAUUAGAGUAUUUAAGUAGUAAUUUUCAAGUAUUUUGUAAACUGAGGCAACAGAAUCACCUCUUAAAGCUUGAUAUCCUGUGAAAGUGUUAUUUUCAAAGAUAAUUAAUGUCUUGAAAUUAGAGUCUCUUCUAUAUUGAGAACACUUGCUUUCUAAUUUAAAGAUUAUUUUCAUAGAUAUUGUGCAAUAAAGCUAUAUAUAGUAUGUGUUUUAAAAUGCUUUAACUGAAAUUUUACAUUUGUAAAAUUAUUUAUUGAAUUGGUAUAAAAUGGUUUUAAAUUAUAUGUAUAAAAUUAAUCUUGUGUGCUAUUUUGUAAUUUGCAUAUAAAAAUACCUAAAGUAUU